AUGAGUGCGAUCACGCUUGAAUUUCUGCAAGAUCUCCUCAAAGAGGAUUAUCCUGAUGUCGUCAUUCAGGAAUUUCAGGGUGCACCGGGAACAAAGAGAGGGGACAAUUACACUUCCAUGGUUUAUAGAAUAUCACUUAAAGGAAUUAGAAAAAAAGAUGAUGAAUCCACUGAGGAGCCUUGGGAGAGUUCUAUAAUAUACAAAUGCCUGCCUGAAAGCGUUAUGCGAAGGGAGGCAUUCAAAAGUGACGAACUUUUCUGUAAUGAAGUCGCAUUCUACACUAAGAUCUGGCCAACCUUGAUCAAGUUCCAGUCUCAGUGGGAGAAGAUGGGGUUUGUGAUGCCGGACAGAAGACAAGGGUUAACCAUCGAGCAAAGCUAUUUCGUUUUGAAACACUUGUCGCAUUUCCAUGCGUUGUCGUUAGCGAUGAAAUAUCACAAUCGAGAGGAAUUCUACGAAUUACUGAAUAUACAGGAUGGUAUAUCUGAAGUAUUCUUUGUGCCAGAAAACGAAGAUUACUUCAAGAGUUACUAUACUGAGGCGACACAAAACGCGAUCGCUAUGGUCGAGGAGGAGCUUCGGGACUCGGAUAUGAAAGACCUAUACUUGGAGAAGUUCCGGAAAUUCUGCAGCGAGGAUACAUUUUUCCAGACCAUGGUGGAGCUGGUGGCGCCGAGGGAACCCCUUGCGGUUAUAUGCCACGGAGACUGCUGGACCAAUAAUUUCCUCUUUCGACACAUUGAUGGGGAUAUUGCAGAGAUGUAUAUAGUAGACUUUCAGUUGGCGCGGUACGCGUCACCCACACUUGACCUCGUGUACCUCAUGCACCUGUGUCUAGACAGAGAGCAGAGAGCUGGCCACCUAUCUUCCUUGCUAGAGUACUAUGCGGAUGAACUGCAUCGGAGGCUGGUGGAGAUGAGUAACGACGACUCUGUCUUUCAUAGAAACCUCAACAGGGAUACUUUAUACGAAAUGCUAAUGGAGGAGUUCAAGCGCAGUAGCCGUUUUGGACUUGGUAUUGCCUUGGACAUGUACCCCAUCAUGACCUGCGACAGUAAUGAGGCGCCCAAUCUUUACCAAUCCAAGGAUAGUGAGACAAAUCCAUCGCAUGACUGUAUCAAGCCGGUGUGGACGUCUAACACUGCGUGCAGACGGAAAAUGACGGAUCUGAUUCAAGAACUGGUAGACGGCGGAAUGUUAUGA